GAGGGCCAAAGCCGGCAAGAUGGCGUCGGGUGGAGGGCAAAUUGGGGGCGUAUUGGAUCACCACGUCCAAAGAGCUGUGUGUGACUCGAGAGCCAAGUAUCGGGAGGGCCGACGGCCUCGCGCUGUGAAGGUAUAUACAAUCAAUUUGGAGUCUUGGUACUUAUUAAUACAAGGAGUUCCUGCAGUGGGAGCAAUGAAGGAAUUAGUUGAGCGAUUUGCUCUAUAUGGUGCAAUUGAACAGUAUUAUGCUCUAGAUGAAUACCCAGCAGAAGAGUUUACAGAAGUUUAUCUUAUUAAAUUCCUCAAUUUACAAAGCGCAAGGAUAGCCAAGAGAAAAAUGGAUGAGCAGAGUUUCUUUGGUGGGUUGCUUCAUGUGUGCUAUGCUCCAGAAUUUGAAACAGUUGAAGAAACCAGAAAAAAAUUACGAGAGAGGAAUGCUUAUGUAGCAAGAAUGACUAAAAAUAAAGAUCAUAACAUGACAAAGAAGCAUAAAGAUGCAAAAGAUUUUAGAGGGGCCUUCCAUUCAAAGACAUCUGGAUUUCCUGCAGCCUCUCUGAACACUUCAACUGGGAACUCAGAUCUUUGUCUUCCUUAUUCUUCUGAGUUGCCUUUGUGUUAUUUCUCCCCCAAGUGUAAAUGUUCAUCAGGAGAACAUGUAGACAGACCAUCAAACUCCUCUCAGGAUGGUAGAAACUUCGAUGAAACACUGGGGCGUUGUGACCACUGUGACUCUCUGCAGAAAAUGCAGAUGAAAACUUUACAAAAUUCACUGGCCCACCCUGGCACACAGAAGGCUCUCACUCCUUCAGAGGCAAUUGACAGGUUUAUGCCUAGGACAACACAGCUGCAGGAGCGGAAAAGGAGAAGAGAAGACGACUGCAAGCGUGAGACUCUCGCUGAAGCAUACACAAGUAGCAAGGAGGUUAUGAUUGGCCCCCAGUUACCAGACAUUCCUAAAGUGGACAUGCAUGAUGACUCCUUGAAUACAACGGCGAAUUUAAUUCGGAAUAAACUUAAAGAGGUAAUUUCAUCUGUACCAAAGCCUCCAGAGGACAAAGUGGAAGAUGUGCAUAGAAGUCGUCCUUUAAAACAAAGAAGAAGGAUAUAAAUUGCCUGCAGUAAAUUAAUAUUUUUAAAGGACUACUUUUUAUUUUUAGGCUGUCAUUUGGAUUCUUGUAGAGAUUUUUACUGCUGGUAUUUUUUUUUUUAAUGCACUCUCUUCUUUGUAGUUUCAUUCAAGCUACUUGUCUAAUUUAGUUUUCAUCUUUUAAAAUUAGUUUAUCGUGAACAAAGAACACGCCAGCCAAUUAUGUCCCUUUAAAAAAAAUAAAACUUUUCUAGAACCUCCA